GUGCGCAUGCUCAUCACAGGUAUCGCCCUGCCCGUGCUGAGAAGUUGACUUGGAGCUGCAGGAGUCGACGCUGAUACCCCCUCAGAAGAUGGCGUGCAAACAAACACAUGCCGCGAAACCUUCAGCAAACUUCCUACGUCAGUUUAGGGAUUUAAAAACAAGGGAUCUGAAACAAAUAUCAGCCACUCAGUUCAUGGAUGUGUGGAACCAUUACGACAAUGACGGUAACGGCUUUAUCGAAGGUACGGAGCUGGAUCAGUUCCUUUUCGAGCUUGUGACUAGCGUCAACUCCCAGGAUGUCGGUCCAGAGGUGGUGUCCCAGGCUGCCUUGGACGAUGCAAAGGACCUCAUGCUCAACGCCUUUGAUGAAAAUGGAGACGGCAAAAUUGACAUCACUGAGUUAGCCCAGAUUCUGCCGAUGGAGGAGAAUUUUCUGUUGUUAUUUCGGCAUGAACAUCCUUUAGAAUCCAGCGUAGAGUUCAUGAAGAUCUGGCGCCAGUAUGACACUGACCACAGCGGCUACAUUGAGGCAGACGAACUCAAGAAUUUUCUUUACGACCUACUCAAGCAGUCCAAAAAGGAAAGAGAAGUUUCUGAAGAACAGCUCAUCACAUACGCUGAUACGAUGCUUCAGAUGUUUGACCGGAACAAAGAUGGGAAGCUACAACUGAGUGAAAUGGCAAAACUUCUACCAGUGAAAGAAAACUUCCUUUGUAGACCGAUUUUCAAAAGUGCCUCUACACUGACAAAGGAAGACGUGGAGCAGGUGUUCGCCUUAUACGACAGGGACCAUAAUGAAACGAUCGAGAAUGAUGAACUGCAUGGGUUCCUGAAGGAUUUGAUGGAACUGGUUCAAGAAGAUUACGACGCGGAUGAUUUGGCUGACUUGAAAGACUUACUGCUAUUCUCCUGUGAAAACAAGGAGGGCAAAAUUAACAAGGAGGAGCUGACAGUUGUUCUGAUGAACAGACAAGAAGAGUGCCGUAAAGGACUUGCGGCAUCCAUAAGCCAGGAUCCCAACUGACAAGCAGAUCUACCAUGGCCUUCAUUAUGACAGCUCUUCCAUGCAACAUGCACCUGUUUAUAACCCUGGUUCAGUGUGACAGCUGUAGGUGAACUGUGUCCGUGCUGUACGUUUGACCUAUAGUCAGCUGUGAGGACUGAACCACUUACUCGGAUAAUUGUGCCUACCUUUACACACUGCUACAUGGCGUGGGUUUUUCUUCACGAAUUCCUCCCAUACUGAACUUCUUUCAAUUAAAACACAGUAUGUGCUGCUUCAAGCGUGUGACUCUUUGGGUGAUGUGCAUAUAUUUUAUUUGCUUUCCAACAAACCAUACAGUUCUUAAAUGUUGAAUAAAUUGAUAUGAAAAGAA